AGUGAAAACAGAGAAACAAUGGCGUUAUCAUCAUGCUUCGGCAACAUGUUACUCAAACCUCAUACUUACACCCGAGUUCCUGCUAUCUCAAUCUCGGUGGCCCAGUUAUCCUUAAUUUCUGGUGUGGAGGUUAAACGACAACGUUUGCGCUUGAACCGGAGCUUGAAAUGCUCGUUUGAUUACAGAGAUAGUAAUAGUCAAGUAGUAGCUGAGUAUGCUAAGCCUGAUGAAAUUCCGUGGCGGAAGGAGCUUUGUAAUAGUGUUAACCUCAUCGGAAAUGUUGGAGCUCCGGUGGAAAUUAAGUAUUUACCCUCCGGUAAAGUUCUUGCUUGGACACGAAUUGGCGUUAAGAAAUCCGCUACUGAAACCACCUGGGUCAACUUGACUUUCUGGGAUGAUCUGGCACAUAUUGCAUUUCAGCAUGUGGAGAAAGGUCGCCAAAUAUAUGUAGCUGGUCGAUUGAUUUCUGAUGUUGUUGAAAGUGAAGAAGGAAGGCAGCAAACCUACUACAAGGUAGUGGUCCAGCAAUUGAAUUUUGUCGAAAGGAACUCAACUUCUGCACCUUUUAGUAAUCGUGAUUCUGAUAGCAUGACAACAAGUAGAAAGUUUAGCAACAAUUCCGCAAGUGGUCUGAGUUCCACAGAACUAUGGCAAGCCUUUUUCGCCAAUCCUUUGGAGUGGUGGGAUAAUAGGACGAACAAGAGGAACCCAAAAUAUCCUGAUUUUAAACACAAAGAUACCGGAGAAGCUUUAUGGGUUGAAAGCAGAUUUAAUCCACCCUGGGUGAAAUCGCAGUUAGUCAUAUUGGAUGAACGGAUGGGAUCCUUUCGUGAUCAAAAUGAUAGGAUGCAGUUAACGUCAAUGACCGACAAUGAUUAUAUGAUGCCAUUUCAAUAACUUGUGUUGUGCUGUUCGGUCUAUUUUCUGUCACUCGAUGCAGUGUCUUUGCCUACCAUGUUCGCUUCUCUUUUGAGGUAUUUUCUUUGAUAGGCAUUUCUAAGCUAUGCUUUGUAUAGUCGGCAAUUUAAAAUCUGCAUGGUAUGUAAAUUGUAAUUUUAUAAGCAUUUUCCGAGUGGUACUUAAACAUGACUAGAAGAAAAAAUAGGUCUUUUUGCAA